UGCGUCAAGCAAUGGCACCUAAUGUUACCUCCGUUGUUUUGGAAAACGGUGUAACCGGACAGUCUACAUUGUAACACAGAGUAUUUUUGCAAUACUGUAAUAAUUGCUUACGGCAAGACGUUUCUUUCAGUCUUUGUAGUUUCUCAAAAUGUUUCCUCCUCACCUGGCAAGGGCUCGAUUUGAGUUUUUCGGGAGGAGUGGUGGUGAUAGGCGAUUGGUCACCGCAAACAUACACGGAACAUGUAGUCGCGGAACUUUAAAUGACGGGUUUCGAUGAAGGAAUAGAGAAUUACAAUAUUAGAAAGCUUGUGCUGAUUACAAGUCUAAUUUGUAAAUUAGACCAGUACUGGAUACAAAAAUCAAGAUUUACUAUGGCUAAACAAACUGUUUAAUAGUAAUAAUGAUUGAUUUUAGACAAUUAUCUCGCAGCCUGCAACAAUCAAUGGACUGGCAAACCAUUGAAUUAACGAUGAGUCCCAACAAUAUUCACGCUUUAAUCAGUCUAUGGAAGUGACUGAUUGAUUCAUGCUCAAAGAUGAAUAGGCUAAACUGAAUCAUAAAAUGUGCAAUCAAGAUAAAAUGAUUUAGCCUAAAAUUAUAGCUACUACCCCCUCCAACAAACCACAGUCGCUUCCGAGAUGACGUCAUAUUUAUCCGACUGUUUACAUGCAGAGGAGAACAACACAUGGCUCUAUUUCCAGCUUUUGCAGGAUUAUCAAAUACAAAACCUGAGAAUGCACCUAAAGAACUAGAAUGGCUGAGCAAUCAACGUUUCUGCACCGACGAUGUUCUUUCUGUCCACCAGCGAGCCACUGAGAAAGCCAAUGAUACACAACCAGCAGAAACAAGUGAGGAGGUGCAGUGUCAGCUGGAGGGGUCUUUUGUGUGGCUGGACGACCUCUAGACCCUCACCGAUUGGCCCUUCUGCGUGGACAGAAGAGCAGACCUCUCCAACGGGGAGUAUAAAUUGCUCUACAGAGAAGACAUCGCUAGGCAGCUGCUGAGGUCAAAUCCACGCUGCCUAGACCACCACCAGAGGUCACUACCACCCUACCCUUCAUCCCUGUGCCCCCCUGCCUGGAAGAUGAGGCUGAGGGGGGUGGUUCUGCACCGGGCCAGGCCCCCUGGGUCAACCCGCUGGGGGUGUAUGACUCCUCCACCUCCCUGUGGCUUCAGGGGAAGGCGGAGCAGGGCAAGGCAGAGGAACAACCCUCUACUCCCAGAGACAAUGUUGCCGCCCUGCUGGCUGAACAGGUGGAGGACUUCAACAGGAGGCUGAGGGAAACUCCCACAGACACACACACCUGGCUGCAGUUUGUCCACUUCCAGGACGAGGUGGCGAGUGCCCCCGGGGUGUUUGGUGACAUCUCUGAGAACGAGACAGAGCGCCAGAAGAGGUCUGUGAGGGCAGUGAGGCCAUGCAUUUUGGAUUGAGAGGUGGACAGAAACCCCAGCUGUGUGGAGCUGAAGCUGGAGCUACUGUGUCUGUGCAGGGAGCUGUGGGAGCCAGCAGCUCUGUUGAAGGAGUGGAAGAAACUGGUAUUCCUGCACCCCAACAGCGCCCGCCCACUGUGGAGGAAGUACCUGCUGUUUGUGCAAAGCCACUCAGCACCUUCUAUGUGUCAAAGGUCAAUAUGGUGUACGGGAAGUGUCUGAGCACGCUGGCGGUAGUGCAGGACGGGAGUAUGUUGUCUCACCGGGCACUGAUGAACACAUGCUGGGCCUUCCCAGUCAACACCACCUCAUAAGAUUGCCUGCUGCAGUUGUUCGAGAGAUGUCCAGUUUGCAGCCGAACAUGCAGCAUAGAGAAGUCCAGAAAGGGGGCCUUCAUCAGCCACAUGUUGGCAAGUAUCUGGCCAGCAACCUUCACCUGUCAGCAGCAAAAGCUUUCACAGGCUCAUCAUUUGUACAAAUAUAGAAGGUGGAGUUCUUUGAGCCCUUCUGGGACAGUGGGGAGCCCUGUGUCGGGGAGAGGGGGGUCAAGGUGUGGAGAGCCUAGAUGAUGCAGCAGGAGAGAGGAGGCUGGCUCCAACCCAGUGAACAAGAACCGCUGUGUGACGGAUGAUGAAGAUGAUAAAGAUCAGGAGGAAUCAGAGGUGAAGGAUAAGACCUGGCUCAAGUGGAGGAUCUGGUUGGACGUGGAGACGUCACAUGAGGCUAUCUAUUGGCUGCCGUGGAGGGCAGACCAAUCGGUGGAGGACUGUGAGGACCCGGACUGACAGCCUACAGUUCCUGGAGCCAGCUGCUGGACGACCUGGCUCUGCUGGGAGACGUUCAUAAUCCUGACUCACCUCUGACGACCUUCCCGUCAGCCCCGUGGGUCACAUGACUUCGCUGCAGGGCACCAGGAGGGGGGCUUGGCUGUGCAAGCAGGGGGAGGAGUUUCUGUUCUCUACUCAGGAGAGAGCCGUCUUCUCACUGCACUGGAUCCAGUAUGAGAAGCUCAAGGUGCUGAGGUACGUGCGUGGAAGAAACAAGAAGCGUGUGAAAGCCCAGGGAAAGAGAAGCAAGUGCCUGGCCGAGCCUGUUGCGGGAGUACGCCCACCUGGAGUGGCUGCUAGGGAAUCUGGACGAGGCCCACAAGGUGUUCGACACGGGUCUGGGCGUGGCAGGGGGGCUGGCAGACCCUGCCCUGUGUGACCUCUGCCUGCUCUACGCCCAGCUGGAGGUGGAGGAGACCUGGAGAGGGAGUACGGGCGGAGCAGUGGCAGGGAAGACUCACUAGGUUUACAUUUACAUUUACAUUUAAGUCAUUUAGCAGACGCUCUUAUCCAGAGCGACUUACAAGGUUAAGUAGGCUCUAGUUUUGUCUAAUCUUGAUUAUUGUCCAGUCGUGUUGUCCAGUGCUGCAAGGAAAGACCUAGUUAAAUUGCAGCUGGCCCAGAACAGAGCACCACGUUUUGCUCUUAAUUGUAAUCAGAGGGCUGAUAUAAAUACUAUGCAUACCAGUCUCUCUUGGCUAAGAGCUGAGGAGAGACUGACUGCAUCACAUUAAUCUGUUGAAAAUCCCAAAUUGUUUGCAUAGUCAAGUUACACACAGCUCUGACACACACACUUAUCCCACCAGACAUGCCACCAGGGGUCUUUUCACAGUCCCCAUAUCCAGAACAACUUCAAGAAAGCGUACACUAUUAUAUAGAGCCCUUAAUGCAUGGAACUUCCUUCCACCUCAUAUUGCUCAAAUAAACAGCAAACCUGGUUUCAAAAAACAGAUAAAGCAACACAUCGUGGCACAACGCCUCUCCUCUAUUUGACCUAGAUAGUUGGUCUGUAUGCAUUGAUAUGUAGGCUACGUGUGUCUUUACAUUUUUUUAUGUAGUUCUGUCCUUGAGCUGUUCUUGUCUAUUGAUGUUCUGUAUUAUGUCAUUCUGUAUUAUGUUUCAUGUUUUGUGUGGACCCCAGGAAGAGUAGCUGCUGCUUUUUCAACAGCUAAUGGGGAUCCUAAUAAAAUACCAAAUACCACUACCGCCAUGUCUUCACCAGCGGUCUACAUCCUCACCAAGCUAGCAGAGGGUAGUUCGUAUGCCCCCUUCACUGGACAGGUGGCUCCAGUGGCCGUUCUGAAGCCCAGGAAGGCAUAUGAGCAGGCGGUGGUGAGCUCCCUGCCGGGCAGGUCAAAGGUCUAGUGGGGUGUUAUGCCCUGUUCCAUUACCUGACUGUGGGGGGUUGAUGAUGCAGUCUACAGCCUGGCGAGGGAAAGGCUGGAGCAACACCCCGGUAUGUCAGCCCAAGGGUCAGCUAGCAGCGAGGCUAACAGUGACACACAGACACAGAGCUCUGCUGCCUCAGAGUGUGAGGCCCUGGCUGUCCAGCAGGCGGCACUGCCGUGCUACCACAGCAGCACCAGCGUGUACCCAGUCAGCCAUCUCAGACUGGCGCUGACCUCGGCGCUAGCCUGCUCUGCCUCGAGUGCCCCCCUGUGGCAGCUCUAUGUGCAGAUGGAGAAGCGCUACCACAGCGACGGCAGGGCACGCCGCUUCUUCCACAGCGUGACCAAGGCUAGUGCCAGUGUCGUGCCACGCCUGUUCGCCAUCAGUGCAGAGGAAGCAGCUGGUGGACUCUACAGACGUGGGAACACUGAGGAUGGAAGACUUUAAUCAGUAUCAAUUUAAUCAAAUAAUGUUGAUAACAGAACACACACACACAGAGAUAGUACUAGUCUGCAGUAGCUCACAUUUAGAUUGAAGUUCAUUUGGUUAGCUAAGUGGAUGUUUUUUCACGAGUUGUUAUUGCUUUCUUGGCAGGUCUGGUUGCUAUGGCGACACCUCCACCCUUCCAGAGAACGGCCUAAGCAACCGUAUUCGCUCACUGUUUAUGAACACCAUAGCAACAGAGCACGGGGUCCUCUGUCCGUUGCUGUGGAGGAUGUACAUGAACUUCCUGGUAUGACACCUCUUUAAAACAUACCCCUAAAUCAUCCAGUUAUCAGAACCUCAGACAGAGUUCCCAUGGAGGAGGUGGACAUACUGCUGGAGGACUGAGGCUCUAAAACUCUUCCCACAGUGCAACAGGGGCCUGGCUUCCUCAGACACUACUGUGGACACCCAGACGUCAUGCACUGACCAAUAGAACAGUGUCCUCCAGAAAAAAAUGCAUUUUACUUUUCAAACAGUGUGAAUAAAUUAUUUUACAUACACUGUAUUAUGUGUUAAUUCAAAAAUGUCCAUAUUUUGAUGUAUUUAAUAUCUAUUUUUAUGUCAAGGACUUGAGUUUAAACUGAUAAAAAAUAGAUUACUCUGAUAAUUUAAAAUGAAUGUUUUGUUUCCCAACACUGGUCUGCCAACCUUUAUUUAAAAAUAAGCUCUAAGCCUUUCACGCAUUGUGAAUCCUGAGGGAUGCUUGUGUGCAUUUCCUGCGGAUAACGACAUCACAGCUUAAUGGUGUGGCACGGAGCACACCGGAGUGUACACUUUAGAGUCAGGAGGGAAGGAGAGAGGAAACACAGACAUGAGGGUAGAGAAGCUUUAUAUAGUCUCGUCACUGCUUAUCCUUCAGAGUAGUAGAGCAUCCACUCUGGCUGUCUCAGAUAAAGAAUGUAAUGAUGAUGCAUUUCCUGUCCGGGAAGACUGUGAAGUUGACACAGUGUGUGGAGAAGCUGUAUGUCAUCACAACCAGUAUGUCACCUGCCAUGUCAACCGCUGUGGCACCUGUGAACCUGUGUUCCGAGGCUAUGACAACAUCACUGUCAACUGCACCCGGUUGACUCCAAAGUGUCGUCUAAUACACCUGGAGAUGUUGAGCAAGCACAGGACAGGAACCAUGUUAACUGGGGGGAGUUUAGGGACAGAGUACCAUCCAAACUGUGAUGGAGCUGGUAUGUUCAGACCUAAACAGUGCAGAGAGGAGGACACCAAACUAUGCUGGUGUGUUAACAAGGCUGGAGUCCCAGUCUCUGACCAGACACAUGACCCCCUCAAAUGUGACAGGCUGGUCACAGUCCAUGUCAUUGAUAUUCAAUUCACAUUUAAAGGGGAGUUCACACCUGUUGCAAAAACCAUGGAUGAGAUACGAAGGCAGUUGGUAUUAAAGCUGGACAGGGAAUAUACGCUGGAUAAAACACAGAUCUUAGACAUAACUGUGCGGGAACUGUACCAAGUAGUGUCCAUCCGCCUGACUGACAACAGGACAGACAAAGAGCCAGUGGACAUAGCAACUGUGGCCUACUACAUUGAGCGAGAUUUGAAAAGCAACAAGUUUGGGUUUGAGGUGGACGGCCGGAGACUAGAGGUGGCGAGGGACUCUGUCAAGGUCCUGUUCUUUCACUAUGACCACCCACACAUGGACAUGAUGACCAUCAAUCCAGGCUUUGCUGCCCUCAUCGUCAUCAUUGCUCUGGCCAUUAUCAUUGGUGUUUGUGUGUCUGUGGUGGUACGAAGGAAAGCUCUGCUGGAGAGGAGAUUCCAGUUUGAAGUCAUUGAGGUUCAGGGGCAGGACAACCACCUGGAACAGCAAGAAGCUACCAUGACCUACUUUGUUAUGUAACAUACUUUAUCUUUGUUGGUUAUAGUAGAUUUGUUUAUUUUUUAGUUGUCAUUCAGUUCAUUUAUAUGCAAAGUUGUUGUCCAAUUAUCUCUGUCCCUGACAAACAAUAGUCAGCUGCACAUUAUGGAAAUAUUGUAAUUGGUUGAUUUCUUAACAUGGAUUCGAACUUGUUGCUUUAAUGAAAUAUUAAACAAGAAUUGACCAUGGUUGAAAAAAAAUAUCAAUAUGUACUUUAUUUGAAAUAAAAAUCUGAAUUGUU